CAACACCACCAAGAGCAACCCCCAGAGCAACGCAUCCUAUUCUACCAGCAGCGAGAGCAACAAACGGGCCAACACCAACGAGGAGGGCUACCGAAAAUCCCAGAGAUAUAAUAUUGAUGAUCCAGGAGCCAGCACGAGUACAGGCGGCACCCACAUACGAGGCGACAAUCCAGGAGGCCAACCCAACGUCCCAGGAUCCAGCGGCUGGCGCGACAAACUUGUGGCCCAAUUGCUCCUGCUCUCAGAGGAGAACGAGGCCAACGGAGCCUAUGAGGGAUUCGCCUACGUCGACGAUCACCACAAUACCGAUCGUGAUAGACAGCAAACCAAAUCCCAGAAUACUGCUGAUCAGAGUGCCCACAGGCAACAGCAGCAACAACAGCAACAGCAGCAAUCGCAGCGGGACAGAGCACAGAACGCCUCGAACUCGCAUCAUAAGAAUACCCUUUUUACCAGGGUCGGUACCAACGCGUCCGCCAGCCAACCAGGCCUCGCCUGCCACGAGUCCUUUAGUAAAUCCGAUCGCUUCGGAGAGGAGAUCCCGUAUCUCAACGUAUCACGCAACUGGGACGCCAACAUCCCGAUCGCAAACAGACACGGUGGCAGGUUUACCGACUACGGCAAUGGUGAACCAAACGGUCCCGGUUUCGUCGAGCACGCCUCAGACACAGACCCUGGCAGCCAUGGCUGGUAUCCAGUUGACAGGUGCGGACGAGCCGCCAUCCCGCCGGGAUAUGAGUGGAGCAAUGCCUACUGCCACAGUUGAAGAGAUAGACGUUCCGGUGUUCAUUGAUGAAUACCUGCAAGAUAUAGAAGCUACUACAUCGACGUGCAGCAGCGAAAACGGAAAGGAGAUUUUUACUGAGACGGAUAUUCUUGACUUUGAUAUAAACAUGUUUGCCGAGGAUCUUAUUGAGCUUGAGGGCAAGGAUCCCUUCAGUCCGGCGAUGGACGAGAUGAACAACGACAACCUAAACUUCUUACAUUUGGAUGACCUGCCACUGGCCAACGAGGAGGAAACCCUGGACAUAGGGUCCAUGUUCGGUAUUGAUAUCAACCAGGAGCAGGACCUCGACCUCAUCACCAUAGUGCCCGGUUCGCAGCAGCAGCAGCAGCAGCAGGCCAUGCUAACCAACUCCCAGGACCCCUACCUGUGGAACUUCUCGCAGGCCACAUCCACAUCCAGCAACACCAAGUACAUCACGGAGGAGCCCCUGCUCUCCGACCUGGCACCCUACGACACCAGCAGCCUCUACGGCUGCAGCCAGGAGACGCUCGGCUUCGGCCUUGAGGAGGACGUCAAGCCCAGCGGCAGCUUUGCCAGCAGCGGCGGCGACGUUGCCGUGGCCAUCCCAGCCCCCAUCCCCCACCCCAUCAUCUCCGCGCUAAAGCGUUCUGCUCCGGCCCCCGUGGUCGAGCUGCAGUCGAUCAAGCGCAGCCGACUGGCACUCGUGAUCGACCAGCAGUCCACGCCAGCAUCCAGCCCGAGCACGCCCGAAAUCAUUGAGCAUCUUCUGGAUUUCGAUAGGCUCGAGGCAGCCAACACCAGUACCAGCACCACCAUCAGCAACAACACCAUCACCCAAGCAACAAUCGUUGAGGAUCUACGCAGUGUCGAAGAGGAGACCACCAUCGACUUCUCGCCGCCGAACACCCCGCACAGCAACUACUCGGCCACCUGCAGCAGUGCGGCGCCCACCUGCCAGACGGGCUUCGGUGGCUUCCUCACUGCCCCCGCCUCGCCCGCCUACUCCGUGGCCAGCACCUCCCUGUUCAGCCCCUCGCCGUCCGGCGGCUCCUCCAAUGGCAAGCGGAAGCGCGGCCGCCCCGCCAAGGAGCAUGCCGACGGACCCGAUCCGGAAAUCAUGUCGCGCAUGAACGGCGACGAGCGCAAGGCCUACCAGGACAGGAUCAAGAACAACGAGGCCAGCCGCGUAUCGCGCCGAAAGACGAAGAAGCGCGAGGAGGAGGAGAAGAGCACCGAGGACGAGCUGAUGGCCGAGAAUCUGCGCCUGCGCACCCUGGCCGACGAUGUGGCGUUCCAGGAACGCAAGUUCAAGAAGUACCUGAUGGAGCGCCAGCGCAAGAACAGCACCUACGUCAAGCAGGAGCAGCAUUGAGAUUCUCGUAGCCAUACACUUAAUACCUGCCGAUUGCCGCAUAUUGCGGCGGAUAGCCUUAGUCCGAGGACCCCUCGUAGUCAUCCAUUCGUUUAGUUACUUAAGUUGUCGUUGGAGAAGAAGAGAGAGAAGAAGUCGAGAAGCAGAAAACCGAAAUCCAAUUUCCAUCUGGACAUCGAUCCCAUGCGAUGCGAUGUAAAACGUAAAACAUUUAAGCCACUUAUUAGGCAUAGAGAUGGCGCCCAUAUUGCGCGAGAAGUGUUUAACUAUAAUUCUAUUAUUAUUAUUAUGUUUGAGAAAUCUAAAAUUUUAACUCGUUUUUUUUACCCACGUAUAUGUUUUUGUCCUAAGUGUAAUCAGCAAAGCAAAAAAAUCAGAAAAAGCAUAAAAAAAUGAUUACGAUUUCGUUUAUUUUAAACCCCAUUGAUGAACAAAAAUGUCAACAAAAAAAUGUGCUAUUGUUAAGAACAAUGAAUUGUAUAUUUUACACAUAUGAAGAUAUAUAACCGUAAUCGUUUAAAUAAAGAGCAUGUUCCAAUGAGCAUGACAAAGACAAA